AUGUCUCUACCUAUUAUAAGCGUAGCCGGAGGUGCCAUCAGUGCGGCUACUAAUCCCGUACUCUCUGGCUCUCUUCUCGCCUUUCUGGCGUACGGCCCUCCCCAUCUCGUUGAGCGGCUUCUCCGUUUUGAUGUGAUGGGAUACACCCUCCAGGGGGAGGGCACCACCACCGUACUGAGAGUCCUUCUUGGGCUGGGACUCGUCAAGACUCUCAACAGAAUGAUGAAUUCAUGGGCAACGACCAACUGGCAUGUAGCCCCGAUCCGCGGCUGGCAAUGGAACAAGGAAAUCGCCGUUGUCACUGGCGGCUGCAGCGGUAUCGGAAAAUCCAUCGUUCUUGGCCUGAUCAAGAAAGGGGUGAGGGUUGCCAUUCUCGACGUCAUGCCGUUGCCCCCAGACCUCGAGAGAGAAAGCUGCAUCACUUACUGGAAGUGCGACAUCACAUCUGCCGCCGCCGUUGCUGAGACUGCUGCGGCUAUCCGCAAGACUCUCGGUCAUCCGUCCAUUCUCGUCAACAACGCGGGAAUUGCCACACCCCACUCGAUUAUCGAAACCCCCCAUGGCUACCUCCAGAAGAUCGUCGGCGUAAACCUGAUGGCGCUUUGGAUAACCACCAAGGAGUUCCUACCCAAUAUGAUCAUCAAGAACAAGGGCCACAUCGUUACGAUUGCGAGUCUCGCCUCGUUCACCGGGAUGCCCCUGGUGGCAGACUACGGGGCGACAAAGGCCGGGGCUCUUUCGUUCCACGAGUCCUUGGUCAGCGAAAUCAAGACUGUAUACAAGUCCCCGGGCAUUUUGGCGACUGUAGUCCACCCUUUUUAUGUGAACACCAACAUGACGGCUCAAAUAGGUGCUUCAUUGGAAAGGCAGACGGGGGGCUUGAUGAAGCCGGAGGCUAUCUCUACUCCAGUUGUCAAGCAAAUCUUCAGCCGGCGGGGAGGUCAGCUCAUUGUCCCGGGCAGGCUGUCUUUUUUAGCUGCAGUGAGAGGGUGGCCCAACUGGGUGCAGGAGGUCAUCAAGGACAAUCUGCCAAAAACAGAGUGA